UCGUUCCUCCAUCCCCCGGGUCUCCGCAUACAACCAAUUCGCUCCCACCAGAUCCUUUUCUUCUACUCCCUCCGUCCGAUUCAAUCCCUCCUCUGCUAAAAUGGCUGGCGGAAACGUUGUCGAUAUCACCACGUAUGUGUGACUUUUUUGUGAUUCUUCGCCUGCCCCUCUUUACCCCUCCUCAUAUUCCCGAAAUCACUGCUCAUUCCCAUACCUCACCCGUUUCCACUCGAAAACCAUCCCUGCAUGAACAAUGACUAACGAAACCAGUGAGGCCGACUUCAAGGCCAAGGUCCUCGAGUCCCAGGACCUCGUUGUCCUCGACUGCUUCGCCGAGUGGUGCGGUCCCUGCAAGGCCAUCGCUCCCAAGCUCGCCCAAUUCAGCACCACCUACCCCCAGGCCAAGUUCUACAAGAUCGACGUGGACCAGCUCGCCAACGUUGCCGCCGAGCUCGGCGUCCGCGCCAUGCCCACCUUCAUGCUCUUCAACAAGGGCCAGAAGGUCUCCGACGUCGUCGGCGCCAACCCCCCCGCCCUGGAGGCUGGCAUCAAGUCCCUGAUUGCUUAG